AGGGUCUAGCUUGGCUGAGAUCUCCUCCUCCUCGCUCUUUCUACAUUAUAGUAAUUAGUAGCUGAUCAAGAGUCCUUACUGCAAUGGCUGCCGGCUUCCUCUCCAUGGCUCACCCGGCGAUCACCCUCUCCGGCAUCGCAGGCAACGUCAUCUCCUUCCUCGUCUUCCUCGCCCCAGUGACGACGUUCGUGCAGGUGGUGAGGAAGAAGACGACGGGUGGGUUCAGCGCGGUGCCUUACGUGGUGGCGCUCUUCAGCUCGACGCUGUGGAUCCUCUACGCGCUGCUCAAGGGCAACUCCAGGCCGCUGCUCACCAUCAAUGGCUUCGGCUGCGGCGUCGAGCUCGCCUACGUCGUCGCCUACCUCCUCUACGCGCCGCGCAAGGCCAGGCUGCGCGCGCUCGCCUACUUCCUGGCGCUCGACGUCGCCGCCUUCGCCAUUGUCGCCGCCGUCGCCCUCCUCGGCGUUGCCCCCGAGCACCGCGUCAAGUUCCUGGGUUCCGUCUGCCUCGCCUUCUCCAUGGCCGUCUUCGUCGCCCCGCUCUCCAUCAUCUUCAAGGUGAUCAAGACGAAGAGCGUGGAGUUCAUGCCGAUCAGCCUGUCCUUCUGCCUCGUGCUCAGCGCCGUCGCCUGGUUCUGCUACGGAUACUUCACCAAGGACCCCUACGUCAUGUACCCGAACGUGGGGGGCUUCUUCUUCAGCUGCGUGCAGAUGGGGCUCUACUUCUACUACCGCAGGCCGAGCAACGCCGCCGUGCUGCCCACCACGGCCGACGGCGCCACCGGCGGCGGCGCCGUGCAGGCGCAGGUCAUCGAGCUGCCGCCGCACGCCGUCGCCAUCCUCUCCGUCAGCAACAUCCCCAUCCUCGGCAUGCACAAGAUCGAGGUCAUGGCAGCACCAGAGCAGCAGGACGCCAAGGCCGCCGACAUCGUCGACAAGGCGGCGCCAGCACCGGAGGCCGUCGAGAUCGCCGGUACCGUUUGAGAAAAUAAUGAAGAUGGCGAAAGCGAUGGAUUUGGUUAAUUUAUCAAUCGAUCAGGGGAAUUAAGUUGUGUGUGUGGAUUAAUUAUUUAGUUAACUGUGCUGCUUAUUGGAUUUGUAGUAGUGGUAAUUGUGGUCUUAGUCAAUCAUUCCUACUGUCGCCUUCAGGUGUGUGUGGCGAUCAGUAGUUCAGUACUGCUUACUUACUCUGGUCAGUGGUAAUAAUAAGACAAGCUAGGCACCAUGCUUCUUACAUUACAUGCACUGGUGAUCAUCAUCAUCGUGCUUACUCCUUAGCAUGUUCCAGUUUGCAACAUUUGCGGUGUUAAUUGAUUGCCAGUUGUUAAUUUAGCUAGAA